AGAGAUCAGCCAAGAAUCAAUUACUAAGCGAUCUAAAGCAAAACCGAGAAAUUCGACAAAGCUAGAGAGAGAAAGAGGGGCAAAGAAAAAAAAAUGGGAAGAGCUCCUUGCUGUGACAAAGCCAACGUGAAGAAAGGACCGUGGUCACCAGAAGAAGAUGCCAAGCUCAAAUCCUACAUCGAAGAACAUGGUACCGGUGGAAAUUGGAUUGCUUUGCCACAAAAGAUUGGCCUUAAGAGAUGUGGGAAAAGCUGCCGACUUAGAUGGCUAAACUAUCUUAGGCCAAACAUCAAGCAUGGAGGAUUCUCCGAAGAAGAAGACAACAUAAUUUGCAGCCUCUACAUAAGUAUUGGAAGCAGGUGGUCUAUAAUUGCAGCACAGUUGCCAGGAAGAACAGACAAUGAUAUCAAGAACUACUGGAACACAAGGCUGAAGAAGAAGCUCCUUGGUAAGCAGCGCAAGGACCAACUGGCAGCUCGUAAAGGCCUAAAGGCGCAGGAAACAAAAAGAGGGAUUAAUAAUAUUGGAAUGAUAAAUUCCAUGGUCGACGUCAAUUCAGAAAAUACCGGCCCUAAUAUCAUGAAUAUUAACCAGAACCCUUACUGGCCAGAGCUUCCCAUUCUUGCUCCGCAGCCAUACUCGAGCGAGUUCGAACAGCGUCGCGACAACCACGCUUCCAUCAGAAAGUUGCUCAUCAAGCUCGGAGGAAGAUUUUCCGACGACGGCGACAACGACAAUAAUCGGCCAAUUCACGACGUCGGAUCAACAGUUCAUCAUCCUAACCAUUUGUUCCCAAUCAACAUUAAUCCUUCAGGUACUACUACUCAACAACUUUACGAGCUCUCCGGCGAUGUCACGUCCUCUUCCGCUCCAGCGGUGUUCGGAAAUUCAGCCGUUGGAUUCACGCAAGCCGGCCAGCAUAACGGUAUCACAGAUUACGAGCCGGGUAGUUCAAACAUGUUGUUACAAGGGCAAACAAGUAGUAGUACUACCACUACUAUUGCUCAGCUGGCUGAGCUUGAUGAGGAAAAGGCUUACAAUGACCCUGCACAAGUGUUAGAUGGGCUGGAGUUCUUAUUUGAUGGCAAUAGUACUAGUACUAGUACUACUUAUGGCUGGGGAGAUCAGAUGAGUUCGUUUAUUUAUAGUAAUCCUCUAAUUGCUUCUCAUGACUACGAAGGAAUGCAGCGAGGGAUAUUGUCAGAACAAGAAUGUCUUCUCAGUGAUCAGUCGAGUACUUUUCUUGAGGCGCAAUGAAUCGAUCGAUGUGUGUGUACUGUACAUGUACAAUAUUAUGGAACGUAGUAUGUGUAGAUUUAUAUUAUGAGUUGAUGUUAUUAGGGUGUUGUGGGGAGUUUAAUGGAUCAGAUGAUGGCCAUGAGUUUUAUG